GAAGGUCACCUCUAUAGUCAGUACGAUGUCCCUGCCUCUUGACGCGUCGGCGCAGGUAAUCACCGCGGCGUCUGACGCCAAUGUUCACAAUUUGAGCAUUCAGGAGCUAAAUAUGAUUAUUUUGCGUCUAGAAGAGGAGAUUAACCAGAUGCAAAACCUGGUGAAUGUGUUGACUGUGGCUCUCGAGCGUUUACACGAAUCUAAAGCUUGCUUAAAGGACUUUUCUUCUCAGAGUUGUGAAAUACAAGUCCCUUUAACAUCACUCGUUUACGUCCCAGGUAAAAUCGCGAAUCCGGGCAAGGUACUUGUUUCUGUUGGCACUGGUUAUUUUAUCGAAAUGACUCUUGAUAAGGCUGGAGAGUUUUACGAACGUAAAAUUGAGGUAGUAGAAGAGCAACUGCGCAAGCUGCAUUCCAUAUGUUCAGCAAAAAACAAACAGAUAACCCAAACAUAUUCAGUACUUGACCACAAGCUAAGUCAGUUGCGCAAUGCUCAGGCUGCUGCCACUAGCCAAGUUGCCACUGUCUAAGAUGGGGAAUUAUAUACAUCCCUUCGGUAA